AUGGCUGAAAGGGAUCUAGAAAGAGAAGAGAAGAGAAUUGAUCAAUUGAUUAAAGAGAAACAGAAAGAGCAACCUCAGCUACAACAACUGGAAGUGGAAGAGCCAAUCAGAAAACGUAAGAGAAGAUGGGAUGUCACUCCAGAAGAAUAUUCUAAACAGCAAGAAGCACAGCAGCAGAAACAAUUAAUAACAAAAGAAGCUUCGCAAUUACUUGAGAGAUUGAAAGAAGCUUCCGUGCCAAUCAUUCAUGGAAUUCCUUUAACUGAUGAAAUACUAGAUAAGAUUCUACCCGAAGGAUAUAUUAAAGUAUCUCCACCUCCUGGGUUCAAACAAUUAGAUAAAGAUGCAAUCCCAGAUAUAUAUUCUGCUACUGUUGUUACAGGAUCUGGCCCUGGGUCUCAAUACUACGUACCACCUUCUAACGAACAAGCAGCAAUCUUACCUUCAACCACGGACUUGGUCAUUCCAGGAGUACAAGGACUCGAAUUCUUCAAAGAAGAAGACAUGAAAUACUUUGGUAAAUUAGUCACAACUGAUCCCCAAAGUUUAGAUGCUAAUACAUUUUUCCUUAAUUUACGGUACUUUAACUAUAACUUUCAAUUUUUACCAAGUUCUAUUGUUCGUAAACGAGCCAUGAGACAAUUAAGCGAUUCUGCCAAUAAAUUCGGUCCUAAAAUAUUGUUAAAUCAAAUAUUACCAAUCUUGUUGGAACCUAAUUUAGAUUCAACUGAAUUGCAUACUCUCGUGAAAUUGAUAAAUCGAAUCUUAUACCAAUUUGAUGAAUUGAUUAGACCAUAUACUCAACAGUUACUACAAGUGAUUUCUCCCUUUUUGAUAGAUGAAGAUCCAAUAAUUAGAUUAGAAACAAGAGAAAUUGUGUCGAAUUUGACAAAAGCUGCUGGGAAUCGUUUAUAA